UUGAGGGCAAGAGCAUUCAGCUUCUUGUACAGUGGUUCAUCUUCACCUCUAGAUCCACCUUAGAGCUUCUCUAGAAAAGGGAAGGCCCCAGCCACUCCCAUGGAGAAGAUGCAGGAGAUCACCACCUGCUUCCUGUGCUCAAACUUGUUGGCUCACCUGGUGAGCCUCAACUGUGGACACAGCUACACAACUUGUGUAUGUGGAUCUUCUGUACAAACAAGCCAUUGCCAUCAGUGUUCCUGUGUCCUCAGUGUGGGUCCCCAUUUCAUAUGAACAGCUGGAGGCACAAUAAGCAUCUAGAAAGAAUCAUUGAAGUUAUGGAGGAGAUGGAGAAGAUGGAGUACAAUAGAGAAUGUGAGGCCCACAGGGAGCAGCUCCAGCUCUUCUGUGAAGACGAUGGCCAGCUCAUCUGCUGGCACUGUGAGUGGGGACCGCACCACCAAGGGCACGCCAUGGUGCUGGUGGAGUACGUGUGCCAGGGCUACAAGGUGAGUGUGUGUCUGUGUCCUCAGCAGGAACCCAUCCUGUGCUGCUCCCAAGGUCUGAGAGUAUUGAUUCUGAAGCUAAGAUUAAGACUGAAACACAGUUUUACUGUAGUGUUCUGAAAACUGGUUUAUGAUGGAUCUUUGCUAAAUCCUGUCCAAACUGUCCAUGCUGACCCCAUCCCAUCCCCAUCCUGAGUGUUACCAUGGAUGUUUUCCUGCUCUGGGCUAUGUUCAACCAAACACUUGCAUUGUGUCUGCUUCACUGUAUAUAAUUUGUGAAAGCACAGUGUGCAAGACUCUGCAGAAGGAUCUGGAAAUGAAGGGGAAGAGGACACAGUGGGGAUCUCAGUGUCCUGUUGAGACAAUGACCAGCAAAGUGACUACCUGGAUCCCUGGAUUGGAUGGUGAUAGAGGCAGGAGGGGAAGGAGUGUUACAUCACAGCAGGGACUCCUGAAAGACACAUAAACUCAACCCCUGCAUUGUUUCUGGAUAGAGGGACUGACACAUACAAAGGCACAGCCAUGAGGGCUCCUGUCUCUGUGACCAGACCAUGGAGCACAUGCAGAAGACAAGACUGGUACGGAAGAAGCAAAGAGCCAGGACCCAGGACCUGAGAGCUCCAAGUGUAGUUCCUAGAUUCCAGUGUCCCAUGCCUGUGGAAAAUUUCAUUUGGGCAAUGAAAGUCACUGACAUUGAAAUCAUCAUCCUGGCAUGUGAAAACAAAGGGACUCUCAAGGAGUAAAAUGCAAGUUAUCUCUAUCAGAAACAGAAUGAAAUGGCAGAUGAAAACAAGAUUUCAGAAGAAUAGUCAUAGAUUUGGAAAUAAUGGUGGUGAGGGGAAAAGCUCCAGAAAUCUAUGGAAAGACUGAGUGAACUCCACACAGAAUGUAUGAAUCAAAAAGCAUUCAUGGCAACACAAAUAACUGAGUGGCAGGACAGGAUAGAUAUUCGAAAACAAAAAAUCAAGUUGGACUUUAAGAAUCUCCACACUUUUCUACAUGAGGAGGAGUGGUUGUAUCUCUGGAGGCUAGAGAAGGAAGAAGAGCAGAUGAUGAGCAGGCUGAAGGAGAGUGAGGCCAACCUGCAGCAGAAAAUUGAUGAACUCAAGAGCCACAUUCUGGAGCUGGAGGCAAAAUGUCAGAGCUCACCCCAGAAACUGCUGCAGGGUGUGAAAAGCACCUUGAGCAGGAUUUGUGCUGUGAAGCUGGAAGCACUAGAGGUCUUUCCCUUGAAGAUUCAGACUGCGUGUGAUGUUGCUGAGCUUUACUUGGAUGUGAAGGCGAUGUUAAGGCACUGUCGAGGUAUGAGAGCUCAGGACUCCCUCAGUGCUGUGAUAAGAGAGAUCUUCAGCACUCACCACUGUCCUCACCAUCCUGGGCAGCCUGGAGCACAGGUCGUGUGGGCAUUUGCAGCAGAACUGGCUUACUCUCCCUGUCCUGUGUGCUCAGAGGCUGAAUAUAUACUGUAUCCUGUUCUCCUAUAUGAACUUCCAGUUCCUGCUGUCUGCUUUGGUGACCCUGUCACCAGGCAACUCCUGUCACUCAGAUUCCACAUCUGAGAAAUGAGAUAGUUUCCAUUUCAUGGAGUUGUGCUGAAAAUGCACUGCAUUCACUUGUGUGAGCUUCUAGCACCUAUCUGGCAAGUGGUGAGCCCCAGGGCAGGGUAUUAGAUGUGCCUCUAAUGGUUCUUAUGAGUAUUUCAAAUUCUGAGAGACGUUCAAGAAAGGUAGGUGAGUAUGGUGGACUAUAUUUAAUAUUAGAGACCUGACUCAGGUAACAGAGGUGAAUAUUAGAAAUACAACAGAUACUAUGUGAUUAAUCCAAAACCCACAUUUACUAUUCCUUUUUCUGCUACUGCUGCCUAUAUUUCUAGAAAUUCUUAUACAUAAUUACUAAAUUUUAAAAAUGCUGAUAAUGGAAACUGUCACCAUGAUUAAGUUGGCUAGAAAAUGUGACUUAACCUAAAAUGAUUUUGUGCCUGUAUGAGUUAUCUGUUGUCAUUUACAAAUAUCCAAAAUUAUCUAAAGCAAUAUAGAUAUAUUAUCUCACAGUCUUUGUGAGUCAAGAAACUGAGCACAGCUUAGUGCCGGGGGGGCGGGGGAGGGGGCUCUGCUUAGGGUCUCAGGAGGCUGCAGUGAAAGUGUGCCUAGGCUAUAUUCUCAUCCAGAUACUCACCUGGGGAAGGUCCCCUCUCACACUCACUUAGGUUGCUGACAGGAUUCAUUCCCCUUGGGUUACAGUAUGUGAGGCCCUGGAUUCUUGCUGGCUGUGGUUGCAGGCUGCCCUCAGCUUCAGGGUUCUCCCAUCAGCUCUUUGCACAGUGGGCAUACACAUGACCAAGUAUUUUCUUCAGCAUGAGCCCAGGAGAGGGAGUCUCCAUAACAAAUCUUCUGGCAAGAUGGUGUGUAAAUAACGAAUUGUAAUCACAGGAGUUACAUUCCAUCAUCUUCUCCAUAUUCUGCUGAUCAGAAGAAAUGCUCUGGCCUGCCUAUCUUGAAGGGAAAGAAUUUUACAAGGAUUUGAACUGUAUCCAAGGAUUGUCCCCUUUGGUCUGUCUACCCCAGGGGACUCAUCUGAACUGCACUGAAAUGAGGCUAUUUAAAGUCCUACUUUAUACCAUGUACUUUAAAUAUACAUUUUGCUGCAGAAAUAUUGUUGCUUUUGGUCCCAGGAUUCUCCCUUAGGCCUUGCAGGGGCAACAUGGAAUUUAGAGAGUAGCACUUUGAGAGAAAGUGCUGAUGUUUGGGAUCCAAGUUACAAUGUGCUUAAACCCUAGGGAAAGCAAAAUUGUACCUCUUCAUCCUACUCCAGCAAUAACAGGAUAACCCCUGAUCCACAUACUCCUGAUUCUGUGUUUACAAUUUGUAAUGUCUUCCUAUAUGAUAGAUUUGAAGUGGCACCGAAUUGUGUACUUAUUUUCAGUUUUUCCAGUUUCACUAGUGAGUUUGGGGGUGUCUUUUUUGUUUUUGUGGGUAUUUUUCAUACUUUUUACAUGUCUAUUAACUCUUUAGCCUUCUGUGAUUUAACCCAGAUUACUAUAGUUUAAUAAUUUUAUUGCUUCUUUCCUUACUGAUUUCUGGGAGAUUAUCAUAGCCAAUAUCUUCUCUUGGCAUGUGAGUGACAUUUUUCUCUGUCUUUCUUUCAUUUUUUUUGAUGCUUUCAAAUUUAGUAUAUACAUAUUUUCUUUUGAAGUCAGUGACUUUUAUUUUCCAAGAGCCCAGUCAUUAGUGAGUAUUGGCUUUUAUUCCUGAGUUGGAUGUAUUCUCUGAUAGCAUCCUCUGGCUACUUUUCCAUAAUUUGAUAAUGUGGUGAUUUGAUGAGUCACUUUCUAAUGUUAAACUCCAAUUGUAUUUUCAGAAUAAACCAAAUUUAUAAAUACAUAUUAUGCAUACCCUGCAUAUAACAUACAAAUUUUAUAAUUCUGUUUGUAGACAAUAUACAAAUCAUUACUGUGCUAUAAUUAUGUGGCCAGAUAAGACCUAGUUACCUAGAGUAGUUACCAAAAUGUAAUUCACUGGGCAGGAAGAAUCUUGACAUGAUAAAAGUAGAUAAGAAAAAUUUAGCUACCAACUAUAGUCUGAGUGCAUUAUGAUCAUGUAUUUGUGUUGAUGGGAAACACUGUUGUUAAGUAGUUGGAGAGUGUCUACUCACAAAUCAGACCCAUUUAUGUAGAAAGUUACUGUAUAUAGAUUCCUGUUCUUUACUGUCUUUUUCUUUACUAGCUCUGUUGUGAUGCUUGACUCUGACCAGUUGGUAAUGAAACUAUCUCACCCAUUUUUUAUUUUAUAGACAGAAAGAAAACUGUAUCUCUGAUGGCAUGUAAUAUACAGAACAAAACACACACACACCCAUAUAUUAAUAUAUAUAUAGUGGAAAUUACAUAGUUUGAUAUAAUGUAGCAUACACUAUGUAUUAUAAAUAUCAUAAACUCAUAAAAAUUGGCUUUUAAUCUU